UGACUUGCCACAUAGAACAUCUGUUAUACCCUCAGUCACACGUGCGAUCUCAAUCAAGCUCUUCUGCCACCGACGUUGACUACAUCGCCGUCGCCAGCGGAACAAGCUUACCCCCCAGCCAAAGUCGGCGCUACUAAAAAUCCCGUACGAUAUGGCUCCCAUACGUUCUCUACCUGCCAUUCGUGCACUCCUUAUCGACAUUUCGGGCACCCUGCUUGUCGGGGCGAAGCCGACCCCUGGUGCGGCAGCGGCCCUCGCCAGGCUCCGUGAUGCUCGCGUACCCUUCCGUCUCUGUAGCAACACGAGCAAAGAAUCAACCGCUGCGCUCCGUGCUAGGCUUUGUGACGCUGGGUUCGACGUCCGUCUGGACGAAGUUGGUGGACGACGCGAGCUGUGGACGUCUCUUGGGGCCGUGAGAGGCGUGAUGGAGACACGUGGGCUGAAACGACCAUAUUUCUUGCUGUCAGAUUCAGCGCGAGAAGACUGCACAUCAGCAUCCACGUACGAUCCCUCGCCUGAUGUACCUUACGAUGCAGUGAUAGUAGGCCUCGCCCCCUCUCUUCUGUCCUACGAACACCUGAACGAAGCAUUUCGCAUCCUCGUCGGAGAGCAUCCCAGCCAGAAGUCCCACGGAGACACGGCAUUCAAUAAUGUGCCGCUGAUAGCGCUCCACAAAGCACGGACGAUUCAAUCCUCCGACGGUGCUCUCUCCCUAGGUCCAGGACCGUUCGUUUCAGCUCUAGAGACAGCUGCACGACGGGACGCGGAGGUCGUUGGCAAGCCGAUGCGGGCGUUCUUUGAGACCGUCAUCAUGAAUUUUCAGCCCGAGGAGUCGUCCAGGGGCUCGAGGGAAGGAAAAGUGGCUGUCAUCGGCGACGACGUGCAAGCGGAUCUCGGAGAUGGCGCAGUCGAACUAGGCCUCUGGCGCAUUCUGGUGAAAACGGGUAAAUAUCGUCCAGGAGCGGAGACAGCGCCGGGAGUGGCCCCGCCGGACGAGGUGUGCACAUCGUUUACUACAUUCGUCGAUCGUCUACUGGGCUCCGAGGAGUCUGGUCCCAGCGCGGGCUCCUCGCCGUUGUGAAAUGGAUGGAAAACAUCGCAUACUCGACGGAGUGCCUGCGUGGCUGGAACCGAUUUAGGUAGUCUUGCGAACCGUCGUAUUUCUUCUACACUCUCCGGAUAGCAACCAUCUGAAUUCUUCCAAGUGGCCCGGUGCUCGGUGACCAAACAUAUGUGCGAGGGGAACACUUCACUUGUCAACUGUUCUUCACCAGCUUUCGACUAGGCGUCAUCGCCCUUCAACUUGAUAUCCUAAUGCUAUCUCUGUUGAUCGUCUAACGGCGUUGAAUGAGAAGGCGCCAGAAAGCUGUUGUUGGCAAGCUGUAGGGCUUUUAAAGGCUCAAUGGUUCGUUGAAAACAUGGAAUAAUAAGGUGUACAUUAAUAAUUAAAUAUUGCUAUUUGAUUGCUACCUCAAC